GGAGCUGGUAGAAGGAGAUGAUGGCAGCAGGCACCCAUGGGCUGGGCUCCUGCUGGAGGGUGGAUGGGCAGAGGGAGAAGGACACCCCCUGCAUGUGUUGUUGUGGAGGUGGUGGAGGCUCUGCAGGUCCUCAAGAGCAUGGCGUGGGAGCUUCACAGACCCCAUACCUUUGUGAAAUGAUACCAGGGUAGAGCAGAUGGCGCUUGGCAGCAAGUGGGUCUGUGUGGAGCUCAUCCCACCAGGACCCAGGCUGCAUUAUCACCAUUUCAGAUUCAACUUCCAAUUCCUCACAUCGGGUUUCCCGAUGAGGGCUGAUUUUUGAUGUACAUCCAUCCCACCUCCGGACACUUGCAGGCUUCCUUCUUCCCCAUCCCUUCCUUCCUCCUGUCCCCACUACAAACCAGGAUCAGCUCAUAACUCAGCCAACAUUCCUGGUGUUUCUUGGGGAAAACAAUGAAACAAGAAACCCCCAAACCAAGUUAGCAGUGAGCACCCAACACCCAAACCAACACUCACCAUGGUGCCUCUCAGCAGGAGAAAAACCACUUGCAGAAUGCCUGAAGUCCACGCUGCUAUUUUCCCCGUCCAUAGAUCACAAGUUCACAAGACUGUUCCCAAAAUGACAAACCCCAGAGCCACUUCUUGCUUUGUGACAGACCUGCCGGUAUCUGCAUCCGGUGCCAGGAAAUAGCACCCGCUGGGCUUCUGAUCUGGGCUAUGCUUCUUCUAAUCUCCAAUUUGGGGUACAGAUACACACAUGCUGCAGCCUUUCCCUUUAGCACAAGUUGGUAGGUGCCAUAGGUUGCUCCUCUUGAGGUGGAAAUUCACCUCUGGGUUCAGUGACUGCAUCAGGCAAUGCAGUGCUGAGCUGCUGGGGAAGCAGUAAGGAACAAAAACACUGCUGAAAUAUCCAGGAAAAAAAAAAAAUCACUGGACAAGAGGGUAGAAGCAUCCAGAAUUGCAGGGCAGCCCUCGGAGAGGAGAAGCAGCGCCAGCGCAGGGAAGGAAAGAGCCCUGAGAGCUGUGAUGGCCCAGAGGGAAGGAACAGCUCAGCGCUGUGAGCAGCAGCUCUGAGGCUGCUGUACUGCUGAGAGCAGUUGUGUUGGAACACGCUCUGCUCACAGCUAUGGGGAUCUGCACCCUUCGGGCCCCACGUUGGGCACCACAAUGACUGCGGUGCUGUCACCCGGCAGCAGCUCAGCACCACACUGCUUUUAUUCUCACUGACCCCUCCCAGUGGGAUCCUGGAGAGACUCAGAAUAAAAAGCCACAACUUGUGGGUCAAGAUAAAGUCUAUUUGCUAAGAGAAAACAGGAAGAGAGAAAAAACAGUAAUGCUUAUAGUAUAUUUCUACAUGUGUGUAUUUAUGUGUAGAGAGUUAUAAAGAAAUGUUGCACAUAGCAGUUGCUCCCCCCCCCCCAAGUGAUGCUAAAAGCAGAAAGGAUGGAGUGGAGCAUGUCAUCGUUUUGUAAUUUUGCUGUUGGCAUUCCACAUCAUAACAGCAUGGACAGCAUGGGCAAUUAAAGCGUUAAUACUCCAGUUCUGUGGAUUGACAACCUUCCAGAUACCUGCUUCUCAAAAGAGAAGAAGAACUGCAUAUCCCAGAGGACUUCACGGUCAGAGAAGGAAGAUACGGCACAGAAGUCACGGGAUCGGGCUCUGUCGGUUCUCUCUCUCUCUGGUAGCCACGCAGAGGGCUGGGUGUGCUUCCAAGCCAUGCGCCCUCACUCAAGUAGGCCUUUUAGUUUUGGAAACUUUCUCUCUCUUGUUCUGUUUGAUUUAUUACCCUCAAUUUCAAUUAGAUGGUAUUAUAUUGUGUUAUCUUGCAUUCCAAUAUCAUGGCCAGUAAAGUAAGCUUUCCUCCUUACAUCGUUGCCUCUGCUCCAUUCUCUUUCCCUCUCUGAGCCCAGGUCCUGUUCCCCUACUCCUUUCCCUUUUCCCUUCUCAUUUUUUUGCGAGCUACUGGGCCCACGGGCCUAUUGGGCAUAGAUUGAUCUAGAUUGAUCUAAAUAGCUCCAUGACAUAGGGAUUAGCCAUAAACUGGGGGAGAAGAGACAGUUUGUGCGUGGGAGGGCUGUGUUUGGAGCAGCAGUGAGGGGAAGGGCAGGAGAGCUGACUUCCCCCUUUUGGUGGUGGAAGGGGAAAUGCUGGAGAGUUUGUGAGCUCGAUGGAGAUUAUGGAGUCCAGAUGGAGAAUUUUGUGGUUCUGGAUGUAGAAUUUUUGGGGCCACAGGGAGAUCUGGGGGCUGCAUGAAAGAUCUGCAGUCUCGAUGAAGGUUUGGGACUGGAUAGAAAUGUUGGGUUGGUUGGAGGCUUUGGGUCUGAACAGAGCCUUGUGCGCCUGGAUGCAGAGAUUGUGCCUGCCUGUAGAGAACAGUGUUGCAUGGAGAUUUAGGGGCUGGAUGGAGGUUUCAGAGGGGAUGGAGAUUUUUAGGGAUGGGUGACAUUUAUGGGGCUGGAUGGUGGACGUGGGGACUGAAUGGAGUUUUUUUGGGUGGAUGGUUGGAUGGAUGGAUGGAUGGAUGGAUGGAUGGAUGGAUGGAUGGAUGGGCAGAUGAGCAACAGAGUGAUGGGAAGCAGCCCACACUGCUGGGAAUCUGUCCUCAAGGACAGGGAGAGGAGCAGAGCUGUCAGAUGUGUAAGGCCGCUUUGCUCAGGGCACAAGAGCUCUCCAUCACCAGUGCCGGCUGUCCGGAAAGGAAUGCAAGAGUGCAGCAUGGCUGAAGCGGGACCUGCUGGUCAAAGUGGAGAGCAAGAAGCAGAUGCACAGGCAGUGUCAGCAGGGCCAGGGAGCCUGGCAGGAGGGUGGUGCUGGUGCUGGUCUGUGUGGGGCUGGGGGCAGGAAGGCCAAGGCCCAGCUGGAACUGGACGUGGUGAGGGGUGCAAAGAAAAACAAGGAAGGCUUCGACAGGGCUGCCAACCUGAAAAGGAACGCCCAGGAGGGCAAACCCAUCAGAGAGCAAUGCAAGCAGGCUGGAAACAACAGAAAAGAAGGCUGAAUCCUUCAUGGGGUAUAUGAGUUCCACACACUGCCUCUGUGUGUCAGUAGAUUCAAUCAGACUGCUGUCCCACAUUCUGAGAGCAAGGCAAGGUCCAUCCCUUGUUCCUGUCCUUCUCAUUCAGACUGCAGGAUGAUUUCCUGAUCUGAUGGGUCUGGCAGCACCACACACCCUCGCUGACUGCUAUUCCGUUCAGCAGUGAAUUGGCUCUGCAGGGCUGCCAAUGGCCCCUGCCAGGAUUUCAGCCUUCCAUCAGCAGUGUGUUGAAUGACAGCCUCUCCUUCUGGGCUGUCAGCAGCGCUGCUCCCAACACAGCGCACACUGUGCGGUUCUGAGCCCAAGGCAUUCCCGGUGGGGAAGGGCACACAGUGCCCCUUUUCAGCUCCUCAGGAACAGGGGAGCAGCCCAGCACUGGCAUUUCCCAGGCAGCCAUGGCUUGGCCCUGCUCGGAUCUGUCCCGGCAUGGAGCCUUCCUGGCGUAGAGCUGAAAGGUCACCUCUGGACCUUUCCGGACCUGUCACGGGCACAGCUUUAUCUACAUAACUCUGUGACACCAGAGAAGCUGCAUUUCUUGAUGUCUCCUUUUUGCCAGGUGGUGACUUGAAUCAUUGCAUGAGCGCUCUCAUCUCCCCUUCAGCACCAGCACUGCAACUCCUCAAAAUGGACCAUGAUUGCUUUCUUCCCUCCAUCUCUCUCUCUUACGUUCCUUCUCUGCUUCUCUCCAAUUAAUCUCCUUUGUUUUCCUCUCUUUUCCUCAUUUUCCCCCCAGUCAUCUUUUACGCUUCUCCUGCAGCAGCCAUGAUCCAUGACAGCCCAGGGUUGAGAGCGUGUGGGGCACCUCAACAGGCGCAGUGUGCAGAGUGCAUCUCUCCACUUGUCACACCCCAGCGGGGCCCCACAGUGCAACCACCCCUAUGUGCUAAUAUGUCCACAUCAGGAGGUGACAUCAUAUCAUCCUGAAAAAGAAAUGGGAACUGACAGCAGCUCUCUGGCCGCUUCCUUUCCCCUCUGCAGUCUCACUGUCCCCAAGCUGCUCCUGCCUCAUGGCACCAAUGGUGGUGGCCCUCAUUCUCGGUUGGUGGCUGGUGGCAGAUAGCAGGGCACAGCAAGUGCCCCGACCCUCCCUGUCACUGCACCCCAGCCAGGGGGUGUCCCUGGGGGGUGCUGUCACCCUGCGGUGCCACCUGCCCCAGCUGGCUGCUUGGGUCGAGCUGUACCAGGAAGGAGGUUGGUCAUACAACAAGGGGAAGGAGAAGGAUCAGGACGCGGCCGAGUUCUCCUUUGUUAGCACACUGCAGGAACACGCAGGUCGUUAUCAAUGUCAGUACCGGGUGUCUGAGUCAGCCGAGGUGUCAGUGAAGAGUGACCCCGUGGAGCUGGUGCUGACAGAUCUCAGUUAUUCCCCACCCAGCAUUUCCCUUCACCCCGAGCAAUGUGUGGAGAUGGGGACCAACAUCACCAUCCGCUGCAGGAACAAGGACUACGGGGCCGCCUUCCUCCUGCACAAGGAUGGGAGCUCAGACCCUCUCCAGUGCCAGGACUUCAGUGAAAGGGGCACAGCCACUUUCACCCUCUUUGGGGUGACCCCAGCUGACAGUGGCACCUACAGGUGCUCCUAUCGCCCCAGGGGUUACCCCUUCAUUUCUUCACCCAUUGGGGACAGCGUAACACUGGAGGUGACACCUACACCUGCACCCCCAGGUGCUGCAGGCAGUUCUCAUGGGAACCUGGUGGUGGCAGUGGUUGGUGGAUGCACUGCUGCCUUUGUCUUCAUCCUUGUCCUUAUUGUCUUCUUCCUCCUCGCUGCUCGCAGACGUCGGAUGCGGAGAGAUGAGUGCCCUGGUGCCUCCCCCAAAAAGCCUGAGGCCAUGGAGUUCCAGCUGUGUCCCCAGGUGCCUUCCAGUGACAGCGAGGGUCUGUCCUACUUGGAGCUGCAAGCUGUGACCCCCAGCACACAGCCCCCCAGCCCCCCAGCCGCCCCACAGCGCUCUGUUAUCUACACCGAGGUGGCCGUUGGGGGGCGCCAUUGAUGCCUUCCAUACGUGUGCACAAACACGUGUGUGUUGUAUGCACACAUGCGCUUCCAGCAUACUAAGUGCAGUUGUGUUGUGUGUGCUCCCCAUCACGUGUGCACUGCAUACAGGUACCAUGUAUGUGUUCAUAUGUUACCCGCGUGUGCAUCAUCACAUGUGCACAUCAGUUGUACACAGAUGUGCACUCCGUGAUUAACUCCGUUCCUUUGUGUCUGUGCGAUGCCACGUGUGUACACCAGCAUAUGUGCACAGUAGUGCGUGUGUGUCCUUAGCCCGCUUUCUGAGACUGGUAAGGAACGCAUGAGGUGACCAGCAACACUUUGUGGACAGCUCUUCGUUCCAAAGCAUUGCUUUGGAGCCGUUUGAUUUCAAAGAGAAGCUCUCCAUAAAUGGAUGUGUAUUCCUGCUCCGAGCCUUGGCUGACUCCAUCGUGGUAUCCACCCCAGCUGACUGGGAGAGGUGCGACUCAGGAGGCAGAGAAAGAUUCACCUCCCUCCAGACCCACUCGGAGGGACGGUGCACAUCUGCUCCCUGUGCCUGCACUAUCCGUGUCCUCACUGUGUACGUGUGUCCUCACCAUGUGCCCCACAUCAGCGCCUCGUCUGUCCCCACAGCACACACAUGUCCCUCCCGUGUGCGCAUCUCCAGCUCCACAUCCCAAACCAGCACCCGACCCACCGUGGUGUUGGGGCAGGAUUCCCAUUUCUGGAGGGUUUUAUCCCAUAUUCCUGGAUGAGAAUUCCGAUUCCAAAGUGUUUCAUUCUGCUUUCUGAGGGAGGAUUCCUAUUUCUGGAAGUUUUUCCCUUCCUCUACCUCUGAAGGUUUUAAUUCCUUCUACUGGGGAUAAUGCUUGGAUCUGAAGGGUUUUCACUAACUUCUGGGAGGAGAUUUCCCAUUUCCAAAUGUUUUUGUCAUCAUUUCUGGUAGAAUUAUCAUUUGUGGAUGUAUUUAUCCAAACUUUUGUGAAAAAUUCCCCAAUUCUUGGGGAAAAUGCAGCCCCAGGAGCAGGAGAUCCAGCCGGAGAAGGGCAGAUGAACGGAUGGCCAAUGUACUGGUGCAAACCGUCUCCAAACCACUGAAAAAAAUGAAAUGGUAACGCAGGGAAAAAAAAAAAAAAGGAGAAGAAGA